UGUUGAUGUUUUUGCUCCGGAGCCCACAGUGCUGGAGGAUGUGAGCCGUCGUGGCUGGGACGGAUCACUUUCUGUUCGUCUUUGCUGUACUUGUCUCCCUCCCCCCCUCCUUCCCCCGGUCAUCGUUUCUCGAUAAAGUCUCAACCAUUCGUCCGACAUCGUGUCUGUCCCGGCCUCUGUCCCGGGGGGCGCGACGCCGAGCCGUGCGAUGAUGGAGGACUUUGACGAGAUCUACGAGGAGGAAGAGGAGGAGGAGGAGGAGGACGAGGACAGGGCCGCGGAGGAGCAGCUCCUCAAGUACGCUCCGGACCCGGUGGUGGUGCGAGGGUCCGGCCACGUCACUGUGUUUGGACUCAGCAACAGAUUUGAGUCUGAAUUUCCUUCAGCACUCACAGGAAAGGUGGCGCCAGAGGAGUUCAAGGCCAGUAUCAACCGUGUUAACAGCUGCCUGAAAAAGACAUUGCCGGUGAACGUGCGCUGGCUGCUGUGUGGUUGCCUAUGCUGCUGCUGCACAUUGGGCUUUAGCCUGUGGCCUGUCAUCUGCCUCAGCAAGAGGACAAGAAGAUCCAUUGAAAAGCUACUGGAGUGGGAGAACAGCAGACUCUACCACAAGCUGUGUUUGCAUUGGAGACUGAGCAAAAGGAAGUGUGAAACCAACAACAUGAUGGAAUACGUUAUCCUAAUAGAGUUCCUACCCAAGAUCCCCAUCUUCAGACCAGACUAGCCAUACUGCAACUGAGCUGAGAUCUUGUCUGCUGCCAGGGUCUGUCAGUGACCCCUAAUGGUUGUCCUGCUCCCCAAACCAUCCUUCCCCAAGUACAAUACCAAGUCAUGUUUACAGGGUAUCAUCUGUCCUCUUGCCUUCCUCACUAAUCCAGUUCCCGAUCUACCAGUCCCUGUAAUUGUUUACAAACCUAGCAUACCCAUAGCUUUUAUUUUAUUAUUUGGAGUGAACUGACCUUUGAUCCUUGACCUUCUGGAGGAGUUGUGACCCUCAGAUAAUCUCAAGCCAUGUUGAUUCACACUGGCUUGUUAGCUUUCAGGCAAUUUCCAGGCCUGGGCAGCGUGAAGGAACUUGGAACUGGAGAUUGGACAACUGAAUUUGGUUCUAUGUGCUACAACUGGAAUCUUUUCACACUUCUGUUGUACAACCGUAAGGCUCAAUAAGAACGUGAUAAAUCUUUUGAAAUACUUUCAUAUACUAUUUUCUAUCAAGUCACCUGCACCAGUGACUUGAAAAAAUUGAUAAGGUGUUGUGGAUCCUCAUAAAAACGUAGAGGCAUCACUCUGUGGAACUCACAAGGAACUUAAUCAGAAAAUCUGAGGAAACUUGAUUAAUAUCAGCUUCAUAGCAAGUUGAGUAGCCUUUAGGGAACAGCUUAGGCUACCGGCCAAAAUAGCUAAAGUCAAUAUUGUCACUCUUCUUAUGAACUACUGGACUCAUUUCUCUCUCCCCUCUCCAUAUAUCUGCAAGUUUUUGACUGUGCAUCACCCACACCCAGAGACAAUCAAACUCUGACCGUAUUCCCCAUAAGCUGAAUGGACCUCUGUGUUACACCUGUAUCUGGAACAGUGUAUUUUCAGUAUCAUUAUCCAGGUGAUGAGCUGUCUUUUCUGGCUGCCUAACAAUGUUUGCCAGGUGCCAGUGGACUAUUGAAGCAAAAGACUAACCUAUUGAUGAUGCAGAGCAAAAGUUUCGUUUUCCUUUUUUUUUUUAGUAUCUUUAGUUUUGUUUACCUGUUCGUGUGAAAGUGGGGCGAUGGGUGUGUGCAUAAAACGUUCACUGUGUUGGCAUGUGUCUGAGAAUGUAUGUUUGAGAAAAACUGUUGCAAAAAGAGACAAAUCAGACAUGAUACGAUACUCUGAAUCUAAAGCAGGGUGCUAUCGUUGAGUAUUGCUUUACCAUGAACAACUUUGUUACCCUUGUUAUGAUUUACAAGUUGUAUGUGCACAUGUAACAUCUUCGUUCAUGAGACUCAGCCUACAUUUUUGCACAAAAUAUGUUAUUGCUGUUUUCUUUGGCCUCCGAUGUGUCGCGGGUCCCGUGUCAACACAAAAGCACACAAACUUGGUUGUGUCCUUCCAUUCUUGUAUGUCCCCCACUCACGUGUCUGCUGAUCUUGGCUUCUGCUUGUGUUUGGGCAAGGGUGUGUCCCACUGCAGAAAGUACUCGUGAGAUGUGUAAUAACUCAGUCUUAAGAGGUUGGUUUCAUCAGGCUCUACCAGAUCUGCUCCAGGAAGUAGAAAGGUGUUGUAAAGUGCACACUGAAGGGCACCGCUUUUGCUCGAGAGACGCACAGCAUAAGACCCUAGCCGGCUUUUUGCAAUGGGGAAGGGGAACACGGAAGGAGUGAUGUUUCGAUGUUAUGUGAAUUUGGGUAUCUCUGUACACUUUUGGUUGUAAUGUUUUUCAACUGCAGCAACGUAGGUUUGAUCGAUAAUAAAGACACAUGACAUUAUAUUAGUCAUAAGAAUAAGAGAGCCAGCGCGGUUCGGGCCACUCAGCUCUGGUGAUUGUACGAGUCACACUCAGGGUUGAUGAUUAAAAACAACAACACAUGUAGCAUUAGAAAAUUUCACUUUCAGGUAUGUUCAAAUUUACAUGGAGGUAAAAUAUAAAGACGCAGCAUUACUUGAAUAAUUGUAAACAGGAUUAUUUGAAGGAGUUAUUUUUUACCUUGUUUUGAAGCUAGACCUAAAAUACGCCCGGUUGUUAAAGGAAGUCCCUAUUCCACAAUCCCCUUGAUGCUCGAGACAUUAAUUAGGUUUAUUUGUUCAACACCUAGGCCUAUAUUGAUCUUUUUAUCACUAGGUUGCCUUUUGGUUCACGUCAUUUUUCUAUAUCUCUGAUCGGUUGUCGGUUCUCUGUAAAAUAAAGGUGUAAGACCAUA